UUGAGCAGCAACAGCAGCAGCACCAAGAGCAGCAUUUUGCCUGCAGGACCUGAUGCUCAUCCAUAUUAAACUGGCUGAGCUGAGGAAUCCAGCCAGAUCAUCUCCUCCUAGAGCAAAGUUUAUUUUUAACUAGCAAGCACCACCAGAUCCUGGAUGGUGCUGCUCUCAGCUCGGUGGCCUCCCGUAGACAGGACCUAUCAAACUUUCCCAGCAACUUGUCUUUUUUUUUUUUCUUUUCUUUUUUAUACACUUUUAUUUCUUUUUGUGUGAGCGUUCUCCAUGGCAUCCAGCGUUAUGAGAUGAAGACCUCCUCAGCAAGAAACCUAAAGUGACCCCUGUGGUGACUGGGACAGAGAGCAGGCAUUCACCGAUGGAAAACCAGGCUGCAGUGUAUUGGUGCCCAGCUGGAGGAGGAAUUGAAGGGAUGCUGCCAGCUAGUUUUUCGACGGGGCCCUGCCAGUUCCAGCCUUUCCAGCAGCCAGGGAGCAGCCUGGUUGUUGAAGUUUUAGAGAGAGUUACUGCUGACUCCACGUUCAGUGUCUCUGCCACCAUUAUGACAGAUAAAAGUAUUAGACAAGAUGGUCAAACCACUACUGAACACAUGGCAAAGGAAAAUAGAGCGAAGGAAACAACAAUCACAAAAGAUCAGAUGAAACCUGUCAACCUUUAUAAUGGUUCAGACGCAAAUGACUUGUCAUCUGUGAAUGCAAUGAUGUCGGCCGUGAUGAGCACAACCAGUCUUGCUGAAAAUGAUGCAAACCUUCAGAACACUAAAUCGCCAGGAAAAUGUCUGCCAGCCCAUAGAAUUGGUAGAAGAAAUCAGGAAUCAAAAGAGGAAAAGUCGUCCUAUAUAUGCCCCUUAUGUCAGAAGAUCUGCAAUUCACAGCACCAGCUUACCAUGCACAUCCGCCAGCACAAUACUGACACUGGUGGGACAGACCAUAGUUGUAGCAUCUGUGGGAAAUCCUUGAGCUCUGCUAGCUCUCUUGACCGCCACAUGCUUGUCCACUCCGGAGAGAGGCCUUACAGAUGUUCAAUGUGCGGGCAGUCCUUCACCACCAAUGGGAACAUGCACAGACACAUGAAAAUUCAUGAAAAGGAUCCAAAUGCUGCAGUAACAACAAGUCCCCCUUCCCCAGAAAAACGAAGGAGGUUGUCAUCUAAAAGAAAAUCUAGCCCUGAAGAGAAAACUGAGAAGGAAGAGGCUCCUCCAGCAAAGAAGGUGGUUGAAGAAAUUCAGCAAGUUGAGCAAGUGAAAAAGACUGAAGAUGUUAUUCCCUGCACUUUGUGCUUUAAAGAAUUUCCUUGCAAGUCUAGUCUGGAUACUCACAUGGAGACUCAUCCAGAAGCCUCUCUAAAGUGUGACAUUUGCUGCAUUUCAUUUCGCACCCACCGUGGUCUGCUAAGACACAAUGCUGCAAUCCACAAGCUGCUCCCCAGAGACCCGUCUGGAAAGCCAUUCAUUCAAAACAACGCUUCCAUCCCAGCUGGAUUUAAUGACUUGGGCUUUACUGACUUUUCCUGCAAUAAGUUCCCUAUCAUUUCUCAGGUCUGGUGUGAAACCAAUUUACGAAGAUGCAUCAGUGAAUUGCACAGUUUCAUAUGUGAAAUCUGCAACAAAGCAUUCCCGAUGCCAUCGGCUCUAAAACUGCACUUGGAAACCCAUAAGGAGGGUCAGGUUAAUAGUCUGCGCAAAACUGGGCAGGAGCUAGAGCAGAAAGCUUUUAUGGCAGCCUUGGGCCUGCAGUACACCAAAGACAUCAAGCCUGUCAGUCAGGAGGAUAAUUCAUCAGACUGUUUCCAGGCCAUACACAUAGAAGCUAUGAAGAGCAACCUACCUCACGAGCUUGGUAGUAACACAGCCAUGCUGAAAUUGUCUCCUUUAGAAGCACCUCCUGUGGGUGGUCCAUUCUCAGUUCUACCCUCAGCAAAAGAAAAUAUGAAAUUGCUUUCUUUGCAGCCUUUCCAGAAAGGCUUUACAGUACAACCGGACAACAGCAUUGUGGUAAAACCUAUCUCUGGGGAGUUGGCUGAUAUUCAGCAGAUAUUAAAGAUGGCUACUUCAGCACCAUCUCAGAUAAGUCUUCCACCCUUGUCUAAACUGUCUCCUGCCAUUAUUAAACAUAUGCCGCCAUUAAAGCCAAAGCCGCCAGUGACUCCUCGUACAGUUGUUGCUGCUUCUACUCCUCCACCUCAGCAGCUCAAUCAGCAGCCAUCUCCAGGCUGCAUCAGCCCCAGCCUUCCUCCCCCACCAUUAAGGAUGAUAAAGAACAGUGUGGAAUCUGCAACGGGCGCCAUAUAUUUACAAUCCAGGUCAGGAGCCAACUGUAGCUCCUCUACUCAGAACACCCAACUACCAAAGUCUGAAUUAAUGAAACCGCGAGAUCUAAAGACACAGCUUGAACAGGACAGUAUUAUAGAAGCCUUCAUGCCUUUAGACCUGGAGGCAAAGAUCAAACAAGAAGUAGCUGAAGGGGAUUUGAAAUCAAUAAUUUCUGGAUCAAAUGUCAAAAAAACAACCCAAGCUAAAAAAGUGUUUUAUCCUUGUCGCUUCUGUGAUCAGGUAUUUACAUUCUCUGGUGUAUUGCGGGCCCACAUACGCACUCAUUUGGGAAUAUCACCUUACCAGUGUAACAUAUGUGAUUAUAUUGCGGCUGACAAAGCGGCACUGAUUCGGCACCUGCGGACACACAGUGGUGAAAGACCGUAUGUAUGUAAAAUAUGCCAGUAUCCUUUCACUGUUAAAGCGAACUGUGAGAGACACCUACGUAAGAAGCAUCUUAAGGUCACCAGGAAGGAUAUAGAAAAGAACAUUGACUAUGUAUCCACAAAUAAAUCUGAAAUGGUGGAUGCUCUGUGUUCCCCAGACACAGUUUGUAAAUGCUGCGGUGAAGAAUUAAAGAGUUAUCGUGCUCUUCAUAUACACAUGAGGAGCCACAGCAACUUUCAGAAAAAUAAACUUUUUGAAUGCAAAGAGUGUGGCACUGCCUUUUCUGCCAAAAGAAACUGCAUUCACCACAUACUCAAGCAACACCAGCAUAUUCAAGAAAAAGAAAUAGAGAAUCACAUCUUGUGUGGCCCAUGUAGCCCAGAGCAAAGUAGAUCAGACACUCCGCCUUUGGAGGAUAGCACUUACCUCGAACAUAAACCCACCACAUCAUACCUGGAACCACAAAAUGGCUUUCUUCAUGGGAGUGAUUCUUCUUUUCCUCUAAAACUUGAACCUGCUUUCAGCUUUCCUUUGGACCUUGAUGAACCUUUAGACUUUUCUAAAAAGAACAAAAACCCAUGUAUGUUUCCAGUGAAGGAGGAGCCUGUCUACACCUCUCUUGCCUCUUCAGAUUCCUCUAUGGAACCUAUUGAUCUCUCUAUACCUAAAUAUGCUAAGCAGGAAAAAGAAAUCCCACAGAUUCAACCAAACACUCAAGAGCAAAUAUGUGGCCCGGUCAAUCAACUGUUUAGUUGUCAGCCAUACCAACUCUCCCUAAGUGCCAAUGAGCUCCUAGAAAAAGCUUCAGCUAUCACACAUUCCAAACCAGUAAAAAACCCUGUACACUUGACUGUUCCAAUAAUUUCUCCUGCUAUUCUUGGAAAUGCAACUAUUCUACGCCCUUUGAGGCCUAAACCACCUCCCCUCUUGCCAAAGCCUCCAGCCACUAAAGAAUUGCCACCACUGGCUUCCAUUGCACAGAUCAUUUCUUCAGUAUCCUCUGCUUCAACUUUGCUGAAAACUGAUAUAAAAACACCUAGUUCUCAAAUUGCUGCCAACAGCCCACCAACCACUGAGAAAUCUGGCACUUCCAAAUCCAAGAUGACAAUCCAGAAUAUGGAACCUCUUUCCAGUGAUUCAUCCCACAAUGUUGCAAGCGUGACAAGCCCAUCUGACCUCUCCAAUCCCGCUGCUUUAGUUAUAGGAGCAAAGAAAAGGGGUAGAAAGAAGGGAACUAAAAAUAAGCCCAAGGUUGCAGUGGGUGUAGACCUUGAAUCAAGCGGUGAAUUUGCAAGUGUUGAGAAGAUGUUGGCCACAACUGACACUAAUAAGUUCAGUCCUUAUCUGCAGUCUACAGAACACCUUAAAGAUACCGUAGACAAAAAUGGUACUAGUGAGGAUGAGAGAGAUAGUGGUGAAGAUAAAAAAACAAAAAGAAACUCCUACUCCAAUUCAUUGCAAAAGAUAACCUGUCCUUACUGUCCUCGUGUUUUUCCCUGGGCAAGCUCCUUACAGAGACACAUGUUGACUCACACAGGUCAGAAGCCCUACCCGUGUGCACAGUGUGAUGCCUUCUUUUCCACUAAAUCUAACUGUGAGCGCCAUCUUUUACGCAAACACGGAGUUGCCAACCUCUCCUUAAGAAGAAACGGUCUUAUGGCCCAGUCUAAAGAAAGUGAUGUUGGAUCUCAUGAUAGCACAGACAGUCAGUCUGAUGCAGACUUGUCGGCUUCAGAAGUUGAUGUUCUAGACCUGACUUCUGGGGAAAGAGAUAAAGCAGAGCAAGCUCCACAGACGGGCAGUGAAUCGGAAUCCAAGAACAAGCAGGCAGAGAACCAGACGGUAGACAAAGAGGAGUCUAAACAAGAUGGAGAAGAGCAGUUAGAGGAUGAUGCUGUGAGCAACAAAAGCCUGGACCUUAAUUUUGCAAGCAAGCUAAUUGAGUUCAAGCUGUCAGCCAAUGAGCAAGCUUUCAGCAACUCAUGUGAUGUUUGCGGUAAAAAUUUUAAGUUUGCUGCCACUCUAGGCAGACAUAAGAGGGCACACUCAUGUGUAAGCAAGGGAGAAGAGAAACCUGUUGAAUAUGAAUGCAAUGACUUAUCAACCCCUGCUUGUAAUACUACUCUUGUUCCUGCUGAUGAGCAAGGAAGUCAAGAUGAAAUGCUGCCUGUCGACUUGAAAGUUUCUAAAUCUACUGUGGAGGCCGAACCAUUAGAUCAGAAGCAAAUCGAAAACGAAGAGAACAUGGAAGCCAAAAUGGAAAAUUCAUUGGAUAAAAGUGAUGAUGACAAGGUCCCAAAGUCGGGGACAAAGGCAGACAAACGAAAGAAGAUCUGCACAGUCUGUAGUAAACGUUUUUGGUCCCUUCAGGAUCUCACAAGACAUAUGAGAUCUCACACAGGUGAGCGGCCUUACAAAUGUCAGACAUGCGAACGCACUUUUACUCUAAAGCACAGUCUGGUUCGUCACCAGCGAAUCCACCAGAAACUAAGAGAUGCUAAAAGCCAAGGGAAGGAAAGCGACAAAGAGGAACGGCUGCUUAGAGGGGAUGAUGAAAGCGAUGCUGAGUCAUUGCAGAGCAGUACACAUCAGCUAUCUGAAAAUGAAUGUGAUACGCCAGUUCAUGCUACAACCAGGAGCAAGAAAAGCCAGUCCCCCGAUGUGGAUGUGGAUGCUGAGGAAUCAUCUCAAAACAAUAAGACUGCAUCUGUAAGAGACAGCCCAAAAGACAGCAUUAAAGAUCCAGACAGCCAUACGUCCACUGACCCCAUAAACCUAGAGGGUAGCAACAAGGAGCCUGAAAAAUCUACUUUGAAUCUUAUGACCUCAGAGGAAUCCCUGCCUGUUGUGGGGUCUAAAUGAGCCAAUGACAGGAGGUGCCCUUCAUGCUUCGCUAAGACAGAAUCAUACUUACACUUGAUUAUUUUUUUCUGAUAAAUUUUCUACCGUGGCUUAUGGCAGGCCAUACCAUGUGCCAUAACCUUUGUUUAAAUAGAAAAACUUUAUAUGGAUAUUGAGUGCCUUACUACUUUAUUACGUGUUUUGGUAUUACACUUUUUUCAAUAUUCAGUUUUGUACGUAAAAGAGGAUAUUAAGAGGACCUUUCCCAUUGAAGCAUUAAAUAUUUUUGUGUGUACAUCAAUCACUGUCUUUCCAGAGGUGGACUUUUCAGGUUGUGGAAAAAGUAAUAUGUUACUGCAGCCAAUAACUGGAAGAACGUGUAAUUGACAAGGUAAAGGAAAGGUUUUCCUCCUGAUCUCUGCUAGUUUGCAACAUUUCUGCGCUUUGAAUUUGCAGUGGACUAUUGUGCAUAUUACAAGCGCUGGAUGAAUUUAUUCACGAAGCGUGUGGCAAUCGCCAUAAGCCAGAAAAAAAAGUAGCAGUUUUGAACGUCACAACCUGAUCCUGCACAUAACAUAUCUGGUGUUAUUAUUGAGUAGUCGUUCUACCUCGGAUGAACACAACACAGAGGAUUCAGCAGAAACAUUACCACCAAUGGACAGAUCUGCCCACCUAUGUCUCAAUUCUGUUUGCUUGAAUUCACCAGCUUACUAGUCUCUGCAUUUUGCAGAACUGUUUGGGCAAUAUUUGCCUUUCAAAAAAUUACCAAGUAACUUUUAAGUCCUGGUAUUAUUAAAUAUGUAUAAAUAUAAACUUUUUGCUUUUUUUUUUUUCCGAAAAUGUUAGCCUUUGGCAGUUCUUUUGCAUUGCACCAUUCCAACCCUGUUCUUGUUGAAAACAGAGGCUUGUGCGCAAUAAGGUAAAUGCAGACUUUCAUGUGUCCUGCCGUUGAGGUUGAGGACAGAAGGUGGACUGUGAAACGAAGCAAAGAGUGCUGUCUUCCAAUAUAAGAUGCCUUACCUUCAAGUUUCUGACCUUUUGUUUUUAGGCAGGUUUGUACUACUGGUGAAAAGAAAGCGAGGAAGAGGAGCUAGAUUAGAAUAUGUACUAUGGCGCUUGAAGAUGAGCCUGUUUAAGAAUGGUGUUUGUAUGUGUGUGUAUAUAUAUAAAUAUAUAUAGUGUGCAUGUUGGGUAUAUUUACGUGUAUGUGUAGAUUUUGCAUAUCACACGUAAGAUACAAAUAUUGAAUGGGCUGUUUAUUAUAUAUUAAGUACUCUACUGUAACUGUGCAAUUUGCCCCCUCGGUUUCUUGUGACCUCUAGGACCUGAAAUGAAAUGUAUAAUGUUUGGUAUCAUAGGCCAUACGCCUCCCUUUACACCGUUCAUACACAUAUAUCAGUUACUGAGUUCUGAUUUGUCCAUGGCGUGGGUUGCCUGUGUCGGGGAGACUGGUAUUACUAAGGUCCUGUUCUGGCUACUAGCACAUUGUGUGUGGUUGCUGGCGGUAUUGCCUCCACAUUUCCAUGGAGCAGUAUUUGACCUUGAUCCUAAGCAUUUUACCUGAUUUAAAAAUUAGUUUUGAUUUUUUUUUUUUGAUGCGUUUAGUUAGUCACUUCAACUUUUAAAAAUUUGAUUUGGCCAUAGGGAGAUGCUUCCUAUUAUAACUCAUAAAUUGUUCUAGACUUAGAGACUAAAUAGGGGGCCAAAUCCGAGAGGGAUCAUUCAGUACUACACUGUCACAGUAUCUGUGCAAUGCCUGACAAUCAACUGAAUGACCAAUUUAACAAAGCAGCAGCUAAAGCGACGCCUUUCUAAAACCAGUAGUUGGAAACUAAUAUAUUUCUAUAUGGGAUGAGCAGAUAUAUAGACACAUGACUAGUUCUGGAGAAUGAUAAAUCACAACCAAUGAUUCCUUCUUACUUUUUUAUUUUUUUUACAAAGUGUUCUUAUUAAUCAGAAUCAAUUAAAGGACAAUUUUAGUCAUUUUCAUUUAAGUUGUACGUCUCCAGACUUUUGAUGUUACAUGUUAUACUGUAAAGUGAUGUACCCGACCUAAUCAGCCCAUCAGAACAGAGGGACGUUUGUUAGCAAUAAUGAAAAUGGAAUGAAAGCUUUAUUUAAUGUAUGUAUACCCUGAUAGAUAAGGUCUUUAUCAUAUUUCUUUUGUCUAAAUACAAAUAUAUCAUUAAUGAAUAUAAUAUGAGUUGUUCCCAAACUAUUGUGUCUUUUGGAUAUUAAACUGUGAAGUAUAUGCCAUGAUUGAACUCUGGGUGAAUCGUAGAUAUUUAGAUUGCAUGUUCAGCUAAUUUUUGUCCUUUUUUUUCCUUUCUCUUUAUUUCCUCUCAGGGCUUUGCAGAUUGAUUUUUUUUUUAUUUUAUUAUAUUGUACAAUAUUUGUUUUGUCAUUUCUACGUUUCAGAUUAAGUGCUCCAUAUAUUUAAAGUUGAGGUCAUGAAAUCACUACGAUAAGCACUUGAUUGUGAAUGCAAUAAAAGCCCAGUCACAUAGAUGAUGAUCCUGUGGGCUACACACAGUCACAUUUCCACAUAUCCCUAUUCAUUUUCUUCCUGUCCUCUAACUGUAUGAACAACAUUAGCAACUACAUCCCAUUGUAAGGGGAAGCCAUGGUGAAAAUGUCAAAAUUCAUAUUUUUUCUAAAGGGAACUUCAACUGCUGCUAUGCAUUAUGUACAAGACUGGUCUAUGCCACAUGAACAGAGAAUCAUUUUUGUUUUGGUACUUGUUUCCUCCUUUUUAUUCAGCUGUACAGUACUUCCAAAUUCAGAAUAAAAUGCUGUUCUGUAUGAAACAAUCUAAGCAAUAAAAUGUUAUAUUUAAAAUUUAA